AUGAGUAGUUGGAAAAACCUUCUUCUACGAAUUGGCGACAAGAGUCCCGAAUACGGAGUCUCGUCGGACUACAAAGAUCACAUUGAUACUUGCUUUGGCGCCCUUCGCCGCGAGCUCGACCACUCCCAAACCGAUGUUUUGGAGGUAAACUCUGAUUCUUCUCGUUCUCAUUUUGGUCUUGUGUCGGAUAGCACUGGCUUGCUUGAUAACACAACAGAUUUUACUUUGUUGGAUUUGUUUGUGCAGUUUCUUCUCAUGUGUGCUGAGCAUUUGUCUCACAAGAUUCCUCUAUAUGGGACCCUGAUUGGUUUAAUUAACUUGGAAAAUGAGGACUUUGGGAAACAACUAGUGGAGAAAACUCAAACUAUAUUUCAGGAUGCCUUAGAUUCUGGAAACUGCAACAGGGUUCGCGUUAUGAUGCGGCUUUUGACUGUUAUGAUGUGCAGUAAGGUUAUUCAACCAAGCUCUUUGGUGGCUGUCUUUGAAACAUUUUUAUCCUCAGCUGCCACAACAGUAGACGAGGAAAAAGGGAAUCCCUUAUGGCAGCCAUGUGCAGACUUCUACAUAACUUGCAUUUUAUCAUGCCUCCCAUGGGGCGGAGCAGAACUUAUUGAGCAAGUUCCUGAAGAUAUUGAGAGAGUGAUGGUUGGUGUAGAAGCUUACCUGAGCAUCAGAAAGCAUACCUCUGAUACUGGCUUAUCCUUUUUCGAGAAUGAUGAAGAAAAUGGGGAAGGUCUUAGUGACAAGAAGAUUUAUGGGAUAGAAUACACGUUUUAUCAAGCAAUGGAUGGAAAGUUGAAAGUGGUAAUUUUCUCUGUUCUGUCUGGAAUGGUUCCUAGGCCUCAUCUUUCAUUUGAAGCUCAGCUGGUUGGUGGGAAGUCUCAUGAAUUUGGGCCAAUAAGCUGCCCCAGCUUACCAAAUCCUCCUUCAGUCCCUUCUGGCGUAUCUAUUGGUAAACAGAAGCACGAAGCAGAAUUAAAAUACCCUCAAAGGAUACACCGGCUAAACAUAUUUCCUCCCAGUAAAAAUGAGGAUCUACAACCUAUAGACAGAUUUGUUAUGGAAGAGUAUCUCCUAGAUGUGCUUCUUUUCUUUAAUGGCUGUCGAAAGGAAUGUGCCUCUUUCAUGGUUGGUCUGCCGGUUUCCUUCAGAUACGAGUACCUCAUGGCUGAGACUAUAUUCUCUCAGAUAGCAUUGUGCUUCUACACUCUCAGGUGCUGGGAGAUGAGUUUGAAGUUUCAACAUUGCUCUAGUGAGGUAGAGCUGCUGAACAGACACUCAUGGGUAAUAAGCAGGGGCCAGGUACCUGAGAGUGUGCUGGAAAAGGCCAUCAAACAGUGUGUGUGGCUGGUGAAAAGGAAUGGGGCUGUGAGCACUUGGUGGGUUAAAACAGAGCUGCUGAUGCUACCUCAACCACCUUUUAGACCAGUAUAUUACACACUUGUUAUUAUUGACCUUUGCAAGGCUCUUCCUGGAGCUUUUCCUGCAGUUGUAGCUGGAGCAGUUCGUACACUCUUUGAGAGGAUUGCUGAUUUGGAUAUGGAAUGUCGGACACGUCUGAUCCUUUGGUUCUCACACCAUUUAUCAAAUUUCCAGUUCAUCUGGCCAUGGGAAGAGUGGGCUUAUGUCCUAGACCUCCCAAGAUGGGCUCCACAACGAGUCUUUGUCCAGGAGGUUUUGGAGAGGGAAGUUCGCUUGUCAUACUGGGACAAAGUUAAGCAGUCGGAGACGAAACCUACCCUAAUGCAGGUGAUAACUGCCUUCUCUCGACCCUCUGCUCUUACCCUCAUGAUUUGGUCUGCUAGGAGCGGUGGAACUUACAAAAGAGGAGAGAGGACAGGCGGUGGUGCUUGCAGCAGAGGAGAGACGCUUCUCUUCUCUCACAUUGAAUGCCCCUCCCCAAUCUCUCACUCUGUUUUUGCCUUUAGUAUUGAGAAUGCACCUCGUUUGGAAGAAUUGCUUCCUCCAAAGAGUGGGCCAAACUUUUGUUAUGGUGCAGAAGAUAGUAAAGAAAGCGAUGAAUAUGCACUGUCUGCGAAGCUCAACAACAUGGUUAAAGGGAAGUCACCUGUCCGUGAAAUAAUCUCAUGGAUUGAUGAAAGUGUGUUUCCAAAUAAUGGUCUAGAGGUUACCCUCCGAGUGGUUGUACAAACUCUUCUCAAUAUUGGAUCCAAGAGUUUCACUCAUUUGAUAACUGUCUUGGAGAGAUAUGGGCAAGUCUUUGCAAAAGUAUGUCCUGAUCAGGAUCGGCAAGUCAUGCUGAUAGCUGAAGUGAGUUCUUUCUGGAAGAGUAACACCCAGAUGACAGCAAUAGCUAUUGACAGAAUGAUGGGUUAUCGACUUGUAUCAAAUUUGGCUAUUGUGAGAUGGGUCUUCUCAGCAGAAAAUAUUGAGCAAUUUCAUACAUCGGAUCGUCCAUGGGAGAUUCUUAGAAAUGCAGUAAGCAAGACACACAAUCGCAUUUCUGAUCUAAGGAAAGAAAUAUUAACUAUUAAAAAGAACAUUUCAUCAGCUGAAGAAGCUGCCAACGAGGCAAAAGUAGAGUUAGAUGCUGCAGAGUCGAAACUUACACUAGUGGAUGGUGAACCAGUUCUUGGUGACAAUCCUGUUAGAUUGAAUAGAUUGAAAUCACAUGCUGAAAAGACAAAGGAGGACUUGGUGACACUUAAAGAAUCUCUAGAAUCCAAGGAAGCUCUUCUUGCUCGAGCAAUUGAGGAAAAUGAGGCAUUGUUUCUCUUGCUGUACAAAAGCUUCUCAAAUGUGUUGAUAGAGCGCCUUCCUGAAGGAGCUAGAACACUGCAUGAGUUGAAGUCUGCACAAAUAGAUGUGAUGGCAGUGGACACUGAAGAGCCCCCAUCAAUGGAAUUAGAUGACGAAAACCACACAUCUCAAAACAGUCAGUUAAAUGGUGAGAAGAAAGGUGGUGGUGCUUAUAUUGUAGGUGAAAAGGAGCAGUGGUGUAUCACCACUUUGGGCUAUGUGAAGGCUUUUUCUAGGCAGUAUGCUGCCGAGAUAUGGCCCCAUGUUGAAAAGUUGGAUGCAGAGGUAUUGACAGGAGAUACACCUUUCCUUUUUCGGUCAGCUGUUUAUACCGGUCUUCGAAGACCUAUACAAGAGGCAUGA